AUGGGAACGAAUCAGACACCACCUCAACAGCAGAAUCAGCCAACGUUGAGAAACGGUCAGAACAUUGGAGCAAAUCCAAAGGGUUUUGUGGGAGCUUGCUUCCAUUGUCAAGGUGUUGGCCACAAGGCUUCUGAGUGUCGGUUUCGUGUUUGUCAUUUUUGCAAAGAACAAGGACACUAUGCAAAUCAGUGUCCUUUGAAGCAAAAAUGUCAAGUUUGUGGUACACCGGGAGUCGUGUUCGCGAAUUGUCCUAAUUGUAUUCAAUUAAGACAAUAUCAGAUUGCUUUGGGAAACGAGCGUGCGGGGGGACAGAACUGUCCUGCUCCCCCACCACUACACCGGGGCAACCAGCAUGGACACCACGACCAGCGUAAAAGUGGAGAAAUUUGUGAAUGCACAUGUACCAGCGUGUAG